AUGAUCACUCUGUCUCAGGCGGAUAAGUGGUUCAAACAGGCGAGAGUGAUAGACGGCAAGACUCUCUCUACCACCGACACCGCUAUUACUUUCAACAGAUUUAAGUCAAAGAAGGUAACAUUUACCGACUUUGAGAAGUACUUGGAUGAGAUCGCCAAAGCUAAAAAAUUGGAUUCGAAAGAUAUUAAGGCGAAGCUGAAAGACUGUGGAGCUCCAGGGACCUCGGGCACCACGAGUGUGGUGAGAAGCAGUGCCGUCGACCGUCUCACUGACACCAAAAAGUUUACUGGCUCACACAAACUACGCUUCGACGCCACCGGCCGAGGGAAGGGAAUCUCUGGCCGCAAGGAUGCAGCUGAUACUUCCGGUUACGUGUCUGGCUACAAGAAUAAGAACACCUACGACAAGAGCCAUUAA